AUGUAUGCACAUCCAAGUGGUAGCGUCCGCUACGGGAGCCUGAAGGAGACUUGGAGGCAUCUGGGCCGCGCUCCUUGGGUCGUUGGGAGUCGCCGCUGCCGCCACUGCCCGCACUCCAUGAGGAAAAUGCUCGCCGCCGUCUCCCGCGUGUUGUCGGGCGUCGCCCAGAAGCCGGCAAGCAGAGUGCUGGUGGCAUCCCGUAAUUUUGCAAAUGAUGCUACAUUUGAAAUUAAGAAAUGUGAUCUUCACCGGCUGGAAGAGGGCCCUCCUGUCACUACAGUGCUCACCAGGGAGGAUGGGCUCAAAUACUACAGGAUGAUGCAGACUGUUCGUCGAAUGGAGUUAAAAGCAGAUCAGCUAUAUAAACAGAAAAUAAUUCGUGGUUUCUGUCACUUGUGUGAUGGUCAGGAAGCUUGUUGUGUGGGCCUGGAGGCCGGCAUAAACCCCACAGACCAUCUGAUCACAGCGUAUCGGGCUCAUGGCUUUACGUUUACUCGUGGGCUUUCUGUCCGAGCAAUUCUCGCAGAGCUUACAGGACGAAGAGGAGGUUGUGCUAAAGGAAAAGGAGGAUCGAUGCAUAUGUACGCCAAGAACUUCUACGGGGGCAAUGGCAUUGUGGGAGCUCAGGUGCCCCUGGGAGCUGGGAUUGCUCUGGCCUGUAAGUAUAACGGAAAAGAUGAAAUCUGUUUGACUUUGUAUGGUGAUGGCGCUGCUAAUCAGGGUCAGAUAUUCGAAGCUUACAAUAUGGCAGCUUUGUGGAAAUUGCCUUGUAUUUUCAUCUGUGAGAAUAACCGCUAUGGGAUGGGAACAUCGGUGGAGAGAGCAGCAGCCAGCACUGAUUACUACAAGAGAGGCGACUUCAUUCCUGGGCUGAGGGUAGAUGGAAUGGAUAUCCUGUGUGUCCGGGAGGCCACAAGGUUUGCAGCUGCCUAUUGUAGAUCUGGAAAGGGGCCCAUACUGAUGGAGCUGCAGACUUACCGUUACCAUGGACACAGCAUGAGUGAUCCUGGAGUCAGUUACCGUACACGAGAAGAAAUUCAGGAAGUUAGAAGUAAGAGUGACCCUAUCAUGCUUCUCAAGGAUAGGAUGGUGAACAGCAAUCUUGCCAGUGUUGAAGAACUAAAGGAAAUUGAUGUUGAAGUGAGGAAAGAAAUUGAGGAUGCUGCCCAGUUUGCUACAGCUGAUCCUGAACCACCUUUGGAAGAACUCGGCUAUCACAUCUACUGCAGCGAUCCGCCUUUUGAAGUCCGGGGUGCAAACCAGUGGAUCAAGUUUAAGUCCAUCAGUUAAUGCGAGAUGGUUACACGUUCAGUGGGCUAUUCGGCAGCAACUGUAAGGAAUGCUUUGGGUUCUCAACUUUGUUAAGGAGGAAAAAAACCCAUAGAAAGAAAGUGUAGAUUUAGAUAGAUAGAUAGAUAGAUAGUGUAAUUGCAUGUGGUUUGUACAGUGUUGUGUUAAAAGGUAUAACGUCUUUUAAUGUUAAAUCUUAAGGAUAGUAUGGAUCUUAUAAAGGUUAUUUUAGUUAUGUAGGUCUAAAAUAGGUAAUAAGAUUUUGCUUAACCCUCCUUCAAAUUAAUUCUUUAAAAUAAUUCUAUUUGGUUUAGUUGUAUACUAGUUUAACAAAUACUUUUUUAGUUACUAAAAGGAAAAACAAUUCCUUAUAUGCCUGUCCAACUGCCACCUUUUUGUGGGGCGAUCAUUGUCCUGUCCCUCCCAGUGCCCAACAGCUUACCUGGUGUACCCUAACGUGCACACACGCCCCCAUUUGUGUGCAUGUCGGUGCUGAAGCCUGUUCACACUGAACCAUCAUUUCUCCUUAAUAAAACACAAUAUUUAUUACAACCAGGCAGGGGUGGAAGGACAAUUCGAUUUUUAAAUAAGACUACUUCAUUUUAAAGGCCAAAUAACUUAGUUUUCUCCAUUUAUGCAUUCAGUAUAAAUAUGAAGCUAUUUUCUUAAUAGUUUUCUAUUUACAUGCAUAUCAAACAUUAAAUACAAGGCAUAUUCUUAUCAAUUUUAUCUUUUUUGAAUUUUAAGUGCAAUUCCAGUUAAUAGUAAUGUAUGGAAUGUAUAACCUAAAACAGUGAUUCCCAGCCUUUUUGUUAUUUUAAACACCUGUUGUUUCACCUUUCCAGCAAAUAUUUUUCCAUUGAAGUAAAUUAAACUAAAAUUCAUUUUUAAGGAUUCCCUAAUACUCUGGGAUGUCAAGACCAGGUUUUACAAUCACUCUUUUCACAAUACAUACAAGUUCUACUCACCUUGAAAACAUGUUGAUAAAUAAAAGGUUAAAAUUUUUUCCACAAUUCUUUAAAACUUCAAGUUCUUAAAUUGUUCAUUGAACAAGUGGUGUUUCCCUUGUGUAAAUGCAGCAGAAUUCGUGUGUAUGUUAACAGAAGCUUUAACAACAAAGACGUCAGCUCUUUGCUCCCUCUGUCCCCUGGCUUAGCUGAUUGAUUAAGCCUCAUCUUGGGUUGCCGGGGCCCCCUGAGCCUGUCUUCUGUACUGGGAGACUGCAGUCCAGAGCCUGCAGAGGAGACCACCACUACGAAACAAACAGGAGUCUUCUUUAGAGUCGUAAGAGAAGAUAACUUCAAAGCAACACAGCAAAAUACUUCUUUAGGAGCCCUUAUGGCAAAAGCUAUAGUAUAUAUACUUCCAGACUUGUCUAGAUUUGCUGUCUAGUCUUAAAAAUGCAGUCCCUAACUUAAAAACUUAACUAAAAUAGCAAUAUGUUCUCGUCACACAUAGGAAUAUGUUCUCGUCACAUAUGGAGGUGACACUUGUGCCUUAGCAGGAGUGGGACAUGGCCUGAGAGGUAUUGUACAGGAGUGCUGGUGCAUCUGUGCAGAGCAGGCUAUUUAAGAUGACAUGGGGAUGAAAAUGCAGGGUGCAAGUUAAAGAAAGAAGGGUUUGGGUGUAGCCCACUGGCAUCUCAUGUCUCUCUUCACUCCACUCCCAGCCAGGCCUGUCUCUUGACUUUUCCUACUGGGCCUUUAGCUUCUGCCCCCUCUCAGCUUUUCCCCAACUUUAACCUUGGAAAACUCCAGAGUUUGGAGUGAGGUUGGUAGUUUUUUUCCUGACUAAGCCAUAGAAAAGGGAGUUAACGUUAACGAAGGGGGGAAAGUUACCAGCACUUUGUUUUCUACUGCUUUACUUAAAAGCCUAAUUACACCAAAAAAGUCAUUUUCUGUUCCACAAAGUGUUUGUUUUGAGGCUAUUCUUACCGUAGUCUAAGGUACCUUAGGUCUUCCUUAGUGAUAUCAUUAAGAAUAUCAGAAAGUGUAUAACCUUCUUCAAGAAUCUGAAACAAAGAUCAAAUACAUUAAGAGCUAAGCAGCUCUGUAAUGAUAGCACAGGAAUGGUUUGUUUGGUUAUAAGUUUACCUUUUCAAUUGUUUUCAUAUCCGCUCCUUGCAGUUGCAACCAAUCGACAAGCUCUUUAUCUGUUCUCUGCCCAUAAGACCGAGGAGGGGACGCUGAGUUCUCUGUAAUCUCUGUAAUGAUUAGAAAUUUAUGUUGUAUACUGAUUGUAACAGCAAAACUCUUCAAGUAACAAGUUGGAUGAAAUAAACUAUUCCAGAAUGUGA